CCGGCUUCUUCUUCUUUAGCCCCCGCCUUGUUCACUUUCAAAGUUUACUCGGGGCCGGGACCUGCAGCGGAAGCGAGACAUGGCUGUCUACCUCGGGAUGCUGCGCCUCGGGAGGCUGUGUACCGCGAGCCUGGGGGCGCAGGGACCCCGGACGCUGCUCUCUCGGCCUUUGCAGAACUUGAAGUUACACUGUGUCCGUGCUCUCAGCUCUGGAGCGGUGAAUUGCACCAAUCCCUUGCCCAUCGGAGGCCUCAGUUACAUUCAGGGCCACACCGACUCCCACCUUGUCAACAAAACUGUGGGUGGGUGCCUGGAUGCCACAGCACAGAAGUUCCCCAACAGAGAGGCCUUGGUUAUCCUCCAUGAAAACAUCAGGCUGAACUUCGCACAGCUCAAGGAGGAGGUGGACAAAGCUGCUUCUGGUCUCCUGAGCAUUGGCCUCCGCAGGGGUGACCGGCUGGGCAUGUGGGGGCCCAAUUGCUAUGCAUGGGUGCUUAUUCAGUUGGCCACUGCCCAGGCAGGCAUCAUCCUGGUGUCUGUGAACCCAGCCUACCAGGCCUCAGAACUGGAAUAUGUCCUAAGAAAGGUAGGCUGCAAAGCCAUCGUGUUCCCUAAGCAAUUCAAAACCCAGCAAUAUUACAACAUCCUGAAGCAGAUCUGUCCUGAGCUGGAAAAGGCCCAACCAGGGGCCUUGAAGAGUGAGAGGCUCCCAGAUCUGACCACAGUCAUCUCAGUGGAUAGCCCUUUGCCAGGGACCCUGCUGCUGGAUGACGUGGUGGCAGUCGGUAGCAAGGAGCAGAAUCUGGCCCAGCUGCGGUACCACCAGCAAUUCUUGUCCUGUUACGACCCCAUCAACAUCCAGUUUACUUCGGGGACCACUGGCAGCCCCAAGGGGGCCACUCUUUCCCACCACAACAUUGUAAACAACUCCAACAUGAUAGGCCAGCGGCUAAAGUUGCACACGAAGACUGCAGAAGAGUUACGAUUGGUCCUGCCCAGCCCCCUGUACCACUGCCUGGGCUCCGUGGGGGGCACCAUGGUGUCUAUGAUGUAUGGUGUCACUCUCCUCCUGUCUUCUCCAAGCUUCAAUGGCAAGAAGGCGCUGGAAGCCAUCAGCAAAGAGAAAGGCACCCUCCUGUAUGGCACCCCCACGAUGUUUGUGGAUGUUCUGAAUCAGCCAGACUUCUCCACUUAUGACUUCUCAUCUAUACGUGGAGGUGUGAUUGCUGGGUCCCCAGCACCCCCGGAGUUGAUCCGAGCCAUCAUCAACAAGAUGAACAUGAAGGAGCUGGUGGUUGCUUAUGGAACCACAGAGAACAGUCCCGUGACCUUCAUGAACAACCCCGAGGACACCCUGGAGCAGAAGGCUGAAAGCGUGGGCAGAAUUAUGCCUCAUACGGAGGCCCAGAUCGUCAACAUGGCGACAGGGGAGCUGACCAAGCUGAACACGCCGGGGGAGCUGUACAUCCGAGGCUACUGCGUCAUGCAGGGCUACUGGGACGAGCCGCAGAAGACCUUUGAGACGGUCGGACAGGACAAGUGGUAUCGGACAGGAGACAUCGCCACGAUGGAUGAACAGGGCUUCUGUAAGAUCGUAGGCCGCUCCAAGGACAUGAUCAUCCGGGGCGGUGAGAACAUCUACCCUGCAGAGCUGGAGGACUUCUUCCACAAACACCCACAGGUGCAGGAAGUGCAGGUGGUCGGAGUAAAGGACGCGCGGAUGGGAGAGGAAAUCUGUGCUUGCAUCCGGCUGAAGAGUGGCGAGACCACCACAGAGGAGGAGAUCAAAGCUUUCUGCAAAGGGAAGAUCUCUCACUUUAAGAUUCCCAGAUACGUUGUGUUUGUGGACAGCUACCCUCUCACUAUCUCAGGGAAGAUCCAGAAAUUCAGACUCCGAGAGCAGAUGGAACAACAUCUAAAACUGUGAAGCAAAAGAGGGACCUCCCAGAGCCCCUCAGUCCUCCACACAAAGGAGGGACCUCCCAGAGCCCCUCAGUCCUCCCACACAAAGGAGGGUCCUCCCAGAGCCCCUCAGUCCUCCCACACAAAGGAGGGUCCUCCCAGAGCCCCUCAGCCCUCCACACAAAGGAGGGUCCUCC